AUGGAGAAGUCUAAGGAUGUAGAGGCUGGCAAGGGACCCAAGUCUAUUCCCCAUUGGCGCUUGGUAUGGGACCAAGGACUUGUUACCGACGAGGUUAUGAACUGGAAAUAUGAAGGAUCCGGGACUGAUGAAGACCCGUAUGUGGUCAACUGGAUUACGAACGAUCCUCGCAAUCCGAUGCUAUUCUCGAAGUUCAAGAAGUGGGGACUCACAAUGCUUGUCGCCAUCGCAACCCUGGCGGUUGCUUUCGUAUCUUCUGCCUACUCUGGUGGUCUCAGACAAAUCUUGGUAGAAUUCGGUUCUUCGCAGGAAGUCGGCAUCCUGGGUGUUUCUCUCUUCGUCCUGGGUUUCGCUAUUGGCCCUCUCCUUUGGGCUCCGCUUUCUGAAUUGUUUGGUCGUCAAGUCCUUUUUGUUACCACUUAUGGAGGUCUUACUGCUUUCAACGCUGGAGCCGCCGGAGCCAAUUCCAUGGGAACUCUCAUUGUUCUUCGAUUCUUUGCUGGUGCCAUUGGCUCGUCUCCCCUCACCAACGCCGGUGGCGUCAUUGCCGACAUGUUUUCAGCUCAAGAGAGAGGUCUGGCUAUGACUCUUUUCGCAGCCGCCCCUUUCAUGGGACCCGUUCUCGGGCCAAUCGUUGGUGGCUUUGUUGGUGAGACUGUCGGCUGGAGAUGGGUUGAAGGUGUCAUGGCAAUCUUCACUGGUGUGCUCUGGAUCGUUGGCUCGCUUCUCAUCCCUGAGACCUACCCUCCUGUUCUCCUCCGCAAGCGUGCUGCAAAGAUGUCAAAGAUGACAGGCAAGGUCUACCGCAGCAAGGGUGAUGUUGAUCAAGGUCCUACAACCUUCGGCAAGGUCUUCUCCACUUCUCUCCUACGUCCCUGGGUCCUGCUCUUCCGCGAACCUAUCGUGUUCCUCCUCUCGAUCUACAUGGCCAUUAUCUACGGAACUCUCUACAUGCUGUUUGCUGCUUUCCCCAUUGUUUAUCAACAGGGACGCGGUUGGAGUCAAGGUAUCGGUGGUCUGGCUUUCCUCGGUGUCGCUGUUGGUAUGCUCAUGGCUGUGACUUACUCCAUUUGGGACAACAAACGCUAUGUCAAGAUCUCCAACGAGCACAAGGGAUUCGCACCUCCUGAGGCUCGUCUCCCCCCCUGCAUCAUCGGAGGUAUCUGCUUGCCCAUCGGACUCUUCUGGUUUGCCUGGACAAACUCGCCAUCCAUUCACUUCAUGGCAUCAAUCGCUGCUGGUGUACCUUUCGGCUUUGGAAUGGUCCUGGUCUUCCUCGGGAUCAUGAAUUAUCUCAUUGACUCUUAUACUAUCUUUGCUGCAUCAGUACUCGCGGCCAACUCGGUCCUACGUUCGCUUUUUGGUGCCGCCUUCCCUCUCUUUACCGGAUACAUGUACAACAACCUUGGCAUUCACUGGGCAUCGACCAUUCCAGCCUUCCUCGCUCUCCUGUGUGUGCCAAUGCCAUUCCUGUUUUACAAAUUCGGACCCAGGAUUCGCGAGAAGUGCAAGUUCGCCAAGCAGUCCAUGGAGUUCAUGCAGAACAUGCAAAAGCAGAUGGCAGGAGGCGAGAGCAAAGAGGACGAGGAGAAGGAAGAGCAAGAAGCGUUCGACUACUCAUACGAAGAGGAAUCGCAUGGCGAUCCCGAGACUCCCAAAUUUGAGGAGAUCAAGACUGGAAAUGACACCCAAGGCAUGGGUGGCGCCAGGCUGUCUCGUACUUCUACUUACGAGCACUCGCCCUACGACAUUGACCGUGUGAACACACGCGAGUCGUUCACAGCGAGCAGAUCUCGAGCAUCAAGCAUCCGUCGCGGUGCUUGA